AUGAUACGGGCUUUCCCCUCCAGCCGGGUUUCUGUGUACAGCAUACCAGCUCCAUACGACUCUGAGCAGACUGCAGGGCAGGAAAGUCCACAUAUUCGCUACUGCCCAUCCUACCGAGAAGGCUUGUGUCAGAAGUACUGUUUCUUCAAAUGGAUGAGGUUGUGUUUCUGGAGAAGAUGGCUUCUGGGAAUAUUACCUAUAGUUUCAUUAAUAGUUACAGUAAUUGUGCUAGUCCUGCACUAUUCAUUCUCUCCAGCUUUCUCUUUUAUUUAUAUUGGUGGAAGUGUAGAAAUUCCUAAUUUGACUUAUACAAAUGACCUCAAUAAUCCAAAGUCACAGAAAUUCCUCCUGCAAGCAGAAGCAAUCCAAAAUUACUUCGCAGAAACAUAUGGGUCUUCCUCCUUGGGAAAGUACUACUCGAAAUCUGUAGUGGCUGCUUUCAGUGAAGGAGAGUCUGGACUUCGAGCUUACUACUGGAAUACAUUCUGGGCACCACAAAAUAUGAUUGCUUCUCUUAAAAAAUUAACCCCAGUGGAACAAAAAGAAAUCAGUAGUAAACAAGCAGCUCACAUAUUCAGUUCUUCUGGAGUGGAAGAUUUUGAUCUUGUUACAAUGGAGCUUUUUGUUUCAGAUUCCACAGAAUAUGAUAUGAUGCUAAAAUCAGCAGUAUCCUUUGACCUGUAUGCCAAGCCAGGUAACAACAGGACUCUAACUCUGAUGAAUCCCAAAAAGUCUUUUUAUCAAUGGAGGCUGCGAGUUCCUUCUAACUAUGUGGUAAGACUGGUAGUUAUCACUUUGCAUGGUGUCACUCCAGAGAGCUGUGCAUCACACCACUUAUCAGCAUAUGAUUUCCUUCUUCCUCUGCAGAACAAGAUCAUUACAAGAUGGUGUGGACCUGGGGCCUGGACUACUCCUGUUGUACGUUUAACUUCGUCAAGUAAUGUGAUGUUGCUUACCUUCUCACUGGACCGAAGAGAAGAAAGCAACAUAUUAAAAGCUCACUUUCAAGCUGUUCCUAAAACCAUGUGUGGUGGUCAUUAUAUUUCCUGGAACGGGACACUGAGUUCCCCUUAUUACCCAAGUUACUACCCACCAAACAUUGACUGCAGCUGGAUCAUCAGAGCACCAUUGCCUGGCUACAAGCUCUCAUUAAAAAUCCUCAUAAUACAAAUUCAAGAGAAGUCUCCAGGGUCCAGUAAAUGUGAUAAAGACUGGUUAGAAAUUGAUGGCGUUAGAUACUGUAAAGCUCUUUCAGAAAACAACAGAAACAGAGAAUAUGGCUAUUCUGAAAUCAACUUCCAUUCCGACGAACUGGUCACCCACAGAGGGUUUUAUAUUGAAUACAAAGCCUUCAGUCACACAGACCGUUGUAAUCCAGAACAGUUGAACUGUGGUGAUAGGAAGUGUAAGCAUCAGUAUAAGACUUGUAAAGAUGAUGACAGCUGUGGGGAGGACAGUGAUGAAAACAACUGCUCCUACAAAAGUUGCUCCCCUUAUGCAUACAAAUGCCUCAAUGGAAAAUGCUUGCUGAAACCAAAUGCUGAGUGUGAUGGAAAAAGAGACUGUGCAGAUGGAUCUGAUGAAAUGAACUGUGCUUGUGGAAGACACCAGCUUAAUAAAAACAGAAUUGUUGGAGGUGAAGAUGCAAGAUCUGGAAAGUGGCCUUGGCAAGCAAGUUUACGGAUGGGAGCACAUGGCCAUGUAUGUGGUGCAUCUGUUAUUUCCAAUAGGUGGCUCAUAUCUGCUGCCCAUUGCUUCCUGGAUUCUGAUUCUGUGAGAUACUCUGUUCCUUCAGGAUGGAGAGCAUAUAUGGGCUUACAUACUAUUAAUGAAAAGAGCAAUCAUGUAGCUAUGAGAUCAAUCAAAAGGAUUAUUGUCCACCCACAGUAUGAUCAAUCUAUCUCAGACUAUGACAUUGCCCUGUUGGAAAUGGAGAUGCCUAUAUUCUUCAGUGAGCUGGUACAGCCCAUUUGUUUACCCAGCACCUCUAGAGUAUUUGUUUAUGGAACUGUCUGCUAUGUAACUGGCUGGGGAGCCAUAAAGGAAAAUAGUCAUCUUGCCAAAAUACUGCAGGAAGCUCGAGUGAGAAUAAUUAACCAAAGUGUUUGCAACAAGCUGUAUGAUGAUCUUAUCACAUCACGUAUGCUGUGUGCUGGGAAUCUUAAUGGUGGCGUUGAUGCAUGCCAGGGAGAUUCUGGAGGUCCCUUGGCCUGCACAGGAAAAGGAAAUAGAUGGUACCUUGCUGGCAUUGUGAGCUGGGGUGAAGGAUGUGCCCGGCGCAAUCGUCCUGGUGUAUACACUAAGGUGACAGCACUUUAUGACUGGAUUCGUCAGAAUACAAACUGA